GGGGCGAAAGAGGACCCAACAGGCCACCGGAGUCUCGGUAUCUCCGUUGCUGUUUCGUCAUAGUGUACAGUUGCCAUUUAUCUGAGAGUUUCCGUAGGUAGACGUUGUUUACUCAACCCGCGACUGAUAGCUACUUCCUGCUUUCUCAUCUAGCCCGGGGAAAGGAGUUAGCAGAUACCAUCGGAAAAAAGUUGUUGCGGUCACCGCCAUGCCUAAGAAUAAAGGUAAAGGAGGUAAAAACAGACGCAGAGGUAAAAAUGAAAAUGAAUCUGAAAAAAGAGAGUUGGUUUUUAAAGAGGAUGGACAAGAGUAUGCUCAGGUAAUCAAAAUGUUGGGAAAUGGACGGUUGGAAGCAAUGUGUUUUGAUGGUGUAAAGAGGUUGUGCCAUAUUAGAGGCAAAUUGAGAAAAAAGGUUUGGAUAAAUUCCUCAGACAUCAUUUUGGUUGGUCUGCGAGACUAUCAGGAUAAUAAAGCUGAUGUAAUUUUAAAGUACAAUGCAGAUGAAGCUAGAAGUCUGAAGGCAUAUGGAGAGCUUCCAGAGCAUGCUAAAAUCAAUGAAACAGAUACAUUUGGUCCUGGAGAUGAUGAUGAAAUUCAGUUUGAUGAUAUUGGAGAUGAUGAUGAAGACAUUGAUGACAUCUAAGCUGAACUCAGUGUUUCUGAGGAUUAUUCCACUGUUGAGAUCUCGGCUGAUAUAUCACCUACUAAGAAGAAUAAAACUUCAUUUAGAAUGAGUAAAAUUUGUUAAAGCAGAUUGAUUUAUUUCAUUUUUUAAAAGUAUUUAUUAUAUUUUAUUAAAACUAGAGUUACCGUAAAUGACAUGUUAAUAACACUGUUCUUAAUUAAAUUUAGAGAUAAAGGCUAUGAUAAAUUUGCCAUGUUAAAACCAAAGUAAGGUGGAAAUACUUCCCAUUUGUGACUACUUCAUUUCUAGUAAAUUAAUGUUUUUAAAUAUUUGCCUUAUACGUUGUGGAUUAUAGUAAGCCCUAAAUCCCAUUGCUCUGUUUACAGUGUGUUUGCUAUCUAGUUAACUAGAUGUGCUCUUGAGAUUUUUAGAAAAAAGAUAUCUGCAUUUGAAACCAGAAAAAAUAGGGCUACUUUUCUUAUUUAUUUAGCAAAAUGUAUUUUGAUACUUUAAUGUCUUCUACAUUCCUUCUUUAUGUAUGUUCCCACCAUCCAAAGUAAGCUUUUCCAAAAUGUAGUUUUUAAAACAUGGAUAGCAAUUUUGAGUUUCGAAGAUUAGCAGUUAUAAAUGGAACACCAGGUGAUAACCAUUUUUCUUCACAUUAGAAUGUUGAUAUGAAUUGACAUUGUUUUUAUUUAAUUUUUAAGAUCAUAUAAAAAUAGAAAAUGAAAAAUGAAUAAGAAAUACAUUGUUCUAAUAUUUACCUAGAAAAUUUUCCUAACAAGGAAACUUUUAAUGUUAUAUAAAAUAGUUUUUUGCAAAAUAAGCUAUAUAAAAAAAGUUCCCCCCACCCCAAGUCAUCCAUUUUAGCCCACAUUUUGGGACUUUAUGGAUAAUUAAAUUGCAAAUGGAAAACUAAUUUUAUAGCAUUCUAUAAACUAAGACUUUCUUAAACUAACUUUAGGUUAAGGGAAAAAGGGUUAACAACUUACUGAAAAGAGUUUCUGUUUUCUGUAUGGAGAAGCCACAACACUAGAAAUAUAAUAAAGUCUUAUAUUGAAUAUA